AUGCCGUCACCUGUCAUCAAGCUCAACAGCGGCUAUGACAUGCCCCAGGUGGGCUUCGGCCUCUGGAAGGUCGACAAUUCCGUUGCCGCGGACGUCGUCUACAACGCCAUCAAGGCCGGCUACCGCCUCUUCGAUGGCGCUUGCGACUACGGCAACGAGGUCGAGUGCGGCAAGGGUAUCGCGCGCGCCAUCUCGGAGGGCAUUGUGAAGCGUGAGGACCUCUUCAUCGUGUCCAAGCUCUGGAACACCUUCCACGACGCCGAGCGCGUCGAGCCCAUCGUCAAGAAGCAGCUCGCCGACUGGGGCAUUGACUACUUCGACCUCUACCUCAUCCACUUCCCUGUCGCCCUCGAGUACGUCGACCCCUCGGUCCGCUACCCGCCCGGUUGGUUCUACGAUGGCAAGAGCGAGAUCCGCACCAGCAAGGCCACCAUCCAGGAGACCUGGACUGCCAUGGAGUCCCUUGUCGCCAAGGGCCUCACCAAGAGCAUCGGUAUUUCCAACUUCCAGGCCCAGCUGAUCUACGACCUCCUGCGGUACGCCAAGAUCCGCCCGGCCACCCUCCAGAUCGAGCACCACCCCUACCUCGUCCAGCAGGAGCUGCUCAACCUCGCCAAGCAGGAGGGCAUCGCCGUCACCGCCUACAGCUCCUUCGGCCCCGCCAGCUUCCUCGAGUUCAACAUGCAGCACGCCGUCAAGCUCACCCCCCUUAUCGAGGACGAGACCAUCAAGAAGAUCGCCGCCAAGUACAACCGCGAGCCCGCCCAAGUCCUGCUCCGCUGGGCCACUCAGCGUGGCCUGGCCGUCAUCCCCAAGACCACCCGCCCCGCCCUCAUGGCCUCCAACUUCCAGUGCACCGACUUUGAUCUCUCCGAGGAGGACAUCGCCACCAUCUCGUCCUUCGACCGCGGCAUUCGCUUCAACCAGCCCUCCAACUACUUCCCCACCGAGUAUCUCUGGAUCUUUGGCUAA